UUUUAACGUUGUAAAUGAAUUAAUUCUCAUACAUACUCUUCCAUAAACACGUGUGCCAUUUUUCCGCAUCAUGAUUCUAAUUUAUGAUUAAUUUCCUUUACGUUUAUGGGAAGAUAUUGAAACGUUUUACUCUGGAUAUUGUGUAUAUAUUACGAGCUAUUUAACUGAAUCUUAUGUCGACGAGUGAUUUACUUGGUAUCUCACAGAGAAAAUGAGGAAUUUAUCGACUUUUGCAUGCAUAUGGUUUAUGAUAUGUUACUGUAGAAACGUAUCUGUUGCAAUGGAUAAAAUGCAACACUUUACUUCUGAACGAAAAGAAACUGUAAGUGAUACAGAUAAUGCUGCAGAUGUGUAUGAACAAUUUGAAAAAUGCAAAUGGUUCAAGGCAUGCAUAUGUCGUGAUGAGAGCUAUUACACAAACUCCACAUAUAUGUUAAUGGUUAAUUGCACCCAAGCUGGGCUGAAAGACGUACCACAGAAUAUUCCGAAUACCACGACAGUACUGACAUUAGACAACAACAACAUAACAGACAUUAAGCCAGGAGCUUUCAAGGAAUUAACAGAUCUAAAAUAUCUUGACAUUUCCAAUAACAACCUAAAACAGCUGAGACACGGUGUGUUUGAAGGACUUAAAAACCUGCAUACCCUUGAAUUAAGUGGAAAUAAAAUUCGUUACAACAGCAAAGCAAUACCAGCGCACGUGUUCAAACCUCUAGAGAAACUCGGGCGUUUAAAUCUCCACCAGAACUUAGAUGGUAUUUCUAGCGACGAGAAAUACCCUGCCACUUCAAUAGCAAACCUUAACCAAUUACAUCAACUUUUGAUCGAUGGAUUACAAGCUGAAGAUUUCGGAUAUACAUUUGCUACUAUGACCAAUUUAACAACACUGGAACUGAGUAGCAGCUGUGGCAGAUGCAAUUUUAGCACAGUUAAUGUAGACAUGUUUAGAAAUUUGAAAAGAAUUACCAGUUUGAAAUUAAGCAAUUGCAACAUAAAGCAUGUUGAAUCUGGCAGUUUUUCUGAACUCAAGAAUUUGAAAAAUCUUGACCUGUCUUACAACGAACAACUGCAUUUUAGAUAUUUGCCUAAUAUAACAAUCGGCUUGCAAACGCAACAUCUGAAAGAGCUAAAACUGUCAAAAAUACAUGAAACAUUUGGCGACUGUACACGGCUUGAAAAGGAACAUUUGAUAUAUCUGAAACACAUGGACAUUGAUGACCUGUUUCUUGAUGCAAACAGGCUUGCAUACAUCACCGAGGAGGCGGUUGAUUUCAUUCCUCGGAAAAUACAGAAGUUGUCACUGACAAACAACAUGCUACUUGCUGGUGAAUACGUACAUAGAGUAUUUGACGGUGCUGUGUUUGAAAAUUUAAAUCACCUCACAUUAGCUGAACAAACUAUGAACUAUGACCCAAUGGCAUUUUUCAACAACAAAACAAAAGAAAUGUUGCAGUCGGUUUACAAUAGAACCGCGGAAAAUUACCUAGCUAAACAGCAUUAUCUAGAGCAAAAUACAAGUAUGAACAUAAAUGUUCACAUACUACCAAACACGCUAUGUGCAAAUUGUCAGGGCAAAGGUUUAAACAACGAUAUCAUAUUGCAUUUCCCACAGUCGCUUAAAGAUGUAGAUUUCAGCGGAUUACGAAUCAGAAAUACAUUAAAAAAUAUUUGCAUAUGUGAACCAAACUCACUCCUCAGAAUGAAUUUAGAAAGAAACAUCUUUUGGAGCUGGCAGGGCCCUAUUACUGGCCUAUCUAAACUGUUAGACCUAAAUCUUGCUUGGAAUUCAUGUGAUACAUUGUCAUUUGAUGUAUUUGAUGGAUUCACAAGUUUAAUAAAAUUAAACUUGAGCAGAAAUUUUAUUGAACGGUUUUUACGAAAAGACACCGAAGGGCGAAUUUUCCGAGAGUUAAAGAGUCUUCGAUUUUUGGUAUUAGCUGACAUUAAACUUCGAUAUCUUCCACAAAAAAUAUUCAGUGGUCUGAGAUCUAUACAGCGAAUAGAUCUCUCUGACAAUUUUCUAACUCAAAUUGACUUAACAUUUGACCACACAGUUCCGUUACAGGAACUAAAUCUAAGCCAUAAUCUACUGAACAAGAUCGGCAAAAAUAUCAUGGAUAUAUUAGAUGCUGUUGCAAACCUAAAGCCUAUAUAUUACUAUAGUUAUAUUGACCUGUCGGGCAACAAUCUUUCAUGUACCUGCAAAGACAGAAAUUUUGUUGAUUGGGUUUCAGUCACAACGGUACGCUUCAUACAGUUGGAUGAUUAUAUGUGUAAGUAUGAAAAUGGUAUCUCAACGAAGUUAAAGUUUGCAGAAGAAAUAAGCAAGCGGCUGAAGAAGGACUGUGCGGAUUAUACUGUGCUAACAAUAUGUGCAAGUUUGGGAUUUGUAUUAUUCCUUGCUAUCAUUAUUCUAUGUAUAAUAUACCGAUAUAGAUGGGAUCUGCGGUACUUUUACUAUUCAAUGAAAUUACGGAUGAACAGAAAAGGACUUCUUCUUCACCCGGAUGACGACGACGGCGAAUUCACGCAUGACGUUUUUAUUUCAUACGCAAACGAAAAUGGAACAUUCAUUAAAAAUGAUUUAAUUCCCGAGCUCGAAGACAAACGACAAUUACGGCUUUUAGUUCACGAUCGAGAUUUCGAGUUAGGAGAAUUUGUAAGUGAUAAUAUUGUUCGAGCAAUAAGCACUUCCCGCAAGACGCUUAUUACUAUGAGUCGGCAUUUCCUGGCAAGUGAUUGGUGUAUUUUUGAGAUGAAUAUGGCGAGGAUGGAAGCAAUUAAAACUGGACGAAAUGUCUUAUGUCUAAUCAUGUUAGAAGAAGUUCCCAUGGAAGGUCUUCCUUUGGAAAUCCUGGAUAUAAUAAGGCAUCAAACGUACCUUGAGCUUCCGUCAGAUAUAGAUCACAGAGAGUUAUUUUGGGAAAGAGUUCACAAUGCUUUGAUGAAUUGAAUAUUUUCAUUCGCCGUCUUCUAAAACCUCAUUGAAACAAUCGUAGUCAGAUAUUUUCAUUUACAUAAUCUUAUUCAUACUGUAUAGUAAAUCAAAUCUAUAAGAAAGCGGCCAAGCAAAAUAGUAGAAACGUCGGUGAUGAUCGGGAGUGUUAAACAUUUCAUUACUAAACUGAGUUUUAAAAGGUUACAUCAUUAUGCUUCUAAACGUUCUUUUUAUAGAUUUUAUUCAUUGGAUAUGUUUGUAUGAGGCACUGGCUUGUACAAUAGUUCUCACGUCUCGUUCACGUGGCACCGGCUGACAGAACUAUAUUAUCCAAACAAAUAAAUGGACUCCAUACAAACAGACAGUAAAUGUUUAGUCACAUGCCAGACAAAAAGUAGAAAAGUGGACUAAUUCACAUAUAACAGAGGUAUUAUAACCGACUCUGGUGGAAUGAUCGCUUGCGCCAGGUGUGAUCCGGCCUGGCAAAAGAGAACCGAAUGUACCAUUGCAGAUCAAUGUACUGUUUUGAUGACGCUUUUAUGUAUGCAUAUACCUAUUUUAAUGUUUAUCAGCCGCAAUUGACAACAAUUUUAGUAAGAUAAGACUGAAAACUUGUUACAAACGGUGAACAUUUUUACACAUGGAACGUUGAAACGCCAUCAUUUCGUCAUUUCUUACGUCAUAUAUUAGACUUCGCAGCUAAAGCAAUAUCUCAUAUUUGAAUAUUUUCCAUAACACAGGCUUUUGCGUUUGUUAGCAAGAUGUAUUCUGUAUUUCAGACAGAAAAUUCCUAGUUAUGUAAUAAAUAUUCAAUUUGGUAAUUGUGCUAUACAGAUGUUUGUAAUGUAAAGAUGUUUGUAGGUACAGAUAUUUGUGUUUUAUAGAUAAUUAUAGUGUUGUACAGAU